UCGACGUUUGCCUGUAGCAAAUGCAAAGAAAAAGAAGAAGCUGGUCCCAAAAAUUCCUGUCCGACCUCAAAUGGUCGGCUCAAUCAAAACACUUCUUACGGUUUCUGCAUCGUUGAUCAUGAUGGUUGAGGAGGGAAGGUUAGCGGCUUGUGUUUGUUUAGGGAUGCUGUGUGUCCUGGGCACCCUGCCCGGUUCGGGUGCUCAGGACCUCCAAGAACCCGCCUUAGACCUUCUAGACUCCCUAGGCGAGCAGAGUGCUUUUAAUCCACAGAGCACCCUCUCUGAUAUAGGGUUUGCUUCAGUCAGUUCCUUCCGUGGCCCCGGCAACAAUGACUCCCGUGGCAACAAGGAGUUGCCAAUCAUCCUUUGGUGGAGCUCUGGCCUUUUCCCUCACUUUCCAGGUGACACGGAGCGCAUAGACUGUGCCACAUCCUCCUGCCUGGUCACACGCAACAGAAAGGUCAAGUUGUAUAAGCGCACAGCUUCGAUUAUCUUCUACGGGACGGACUUCCGAGCGUAUGAGGCACCCCUCCCCCGCCUCCAUCACCAGACCUGGGCACUGUUCCACGAGGAGUCGCCCAUGAACAACUACUUCCUGUCUCACGCGCCGGGAAUCCGCCUUUUCAACUACACUGCCACCUUCCGGCGGGGCUCGGACUACCCCCUAACCUUGCAGUGGCUCCCCUCGCUAGAGUACCUGCUGCAGCCCGUGGCCGUGUCUCUGGAGGAGAAGAACCGUUGGAGGAAGCAGGGUCUGGCUCCAGUGCUCUACAUGCAGUCCCACUGUGAUGUUCCCUCUGACAGGGACAGAUACGUACAGGAACUCAUGAAGUAUAUCAAGGUGGACUCGUACGGUAAGUGUUUAAACAACAAGGCCCUCCCGGAGAGCCUAGAGGACACAGCCACAGCCACAGGUGAGGACGCCCGCUUCAUGGGCUUUGUGGCGCGCUACAAGUUCCACUUGGCACUGGAGAACGGCCUCUGCCACGACUACAUGACGGAGAAGCUGUGGCGUCCGCUGCACCAGGGCAGCGUGCCUGUGUACCGUGGCUCCCCCUCUGUGAAGGACUGGAUGCCCAACUCCUGCUCCGUCAUCCUCAUCGAUGACUUCCCCUCACCCAAGGACCUGGCUGACUAUCUGAUAGCCCUGGAUGAAAACGACAAGGAAUACAUGAAAUAUCUAGACUUUAAACACCCCAGCCAUGUUACCAACUCUCGUCUUCUAGAGGCAAUAGAAAGCAGGGAGUGGGGCGUGAAUGACAUGAGCAGGCCCAACUACCUCAACGGGUUUGAGUGCUAUGUGUGUGACCAGGACAACGCUCGGUUGGCAGCCGAACGGGCCUAUCGAAAGGCUCCCAAGCAGAACCAGACCCCUAAGCCAAAGAUGGCCAAUAACAGGCAUAUGGGGUGCCCUCUCCCCUGCCCAGGGUAUGGCGACCUCCAGGAUAUCCCUGUCAAUGACAGCUGGCUGCAGAUGUGGCCACAGGACUACUGGCAGAGCCUAGAGCAGGCUGAAGGGUUGGAGUCACUGAUCAGACACAAUGAGUCAAACCCCGAGCUGCUAUGGCACUACAUCCAGGAGAUUUCCACAAGGAUGGCUGGGGGCCAACACUGACCCUGACUGGGGAUGCUUAGCACCUGGAAUGCCUUCAAUGUACCACAGAUUUUGCACUGUUCAGGACUGUUUUGUCAUACAGGUUAGGCGAAGUCAAGUAAAAAACAAGUACAAUAUGCCUAAUGCUGUGUUCCCACCAAAAGCUAUUUUUUUUGCACUGCAAGAUAUAUUUUUGCUUUGCUUACUUGCGCGUUUAUUUGCGCGAUUCGCCUUUCUCUUCAGGAGCAAACCGUUUUUUUUCGUUGUCAACCAUGUCCGAAAUGACCACCAUGGCCACCGCCGUCAGUAUUGCCAUUGUUGCAAUGCCAAUACUUCUUCUCAAUCAAGUAUUGCAAGGCAAUACUACUUUUUUGCUGACCUUAUGGCGUUUGUCAUUUAGAAGACUAAAGUAAAAUAAUGAAAACAACAUUUUAUGUCGUGAAUAAUCGAAUUAAAUCUGCUGCGAAAAUUGAAACUUUCGACUUUUGAAUGCGCUAGAUUGGCUCCUACCAUAGACUGACUGUAGCCGCAGCCGGCUGACUUGAAGCAGUGAAUUCUAGUUAGACUUUUUGUCUGACGUGAGACGGCGUCGAGGCUAGGUCACUGUGACGUAUCCAUCAAAGUACCGUGAGAUCAAUUUGAGAACAGCCGGGUGUGUAGCCAAGCACAUUUUCUCAAGAGCAACUGCACAGGUUCUAAUGACGACACAGCUAUUUCAUAACCAGACUAACACACGGCAACUUUGACGGGUUUUAGUCUGCCUCUUCACUAACAGAAAGAAAAAUUUUAGUUGAGUUCUGGUUAUAUUAUCAAUCUGCAGGUUGGAGAAAGAGUUAAACAUAGCCCAAUACACAAAAUGACAAAUUUCAGUGCACUGGUUCGUGCAAUUUCUCAUGACCAAGUUUGGACGAGAGGGCGGAUUUGGGAAGGGGCAAAGGGCGGGAGAAGCCGAGGACACAAUGCACGCCCACCUCGCUAACAGCCUUUCUCCUCUAUGCCCCUGGCUAGUAGACUUGUCAAUCAAACCAUCCACCCCCCCAAAUCUACGGAGCUUUGAGGCCUAUUAUCUACAUAAUUAUCUAAUUAUUUUCAGAUGGACCACCAGGACACUGAUAAAAGGGAAAUCUAGCUAAUGACACCAUAAUUAAAAUUGUGAUUUUUUAUUUUUUUUACCUGAAUGGGAGUCAAAUGGAGCCAGUGUUUUGGAGCCAUCCCUAGUGACCAUCGGCGGUAUUGCACUUUAAGCCAAUUUUCUUUGCCCUGGAGGUUGCCCCUUGGCUCACGUUGCUCCAUUUGAUCGCAUGUGCAUGACUACCGCGGCUGUGCGUGCGCAAUGUGUUGAAAAUAGGCAGUUCAGGGGCUAGACGUUUUUUUGGAGGCUUGUGCCCAAGUAUAAAUCUGCUCUUGUGUGCUUGCUUUAAAAGCCACUGCAGUGCCACAGAAUUCCAGGUGUCGGCAAGCAAGUCAGAAUUGAGGUAAGCUUAGAAAACAUUACAAAACUAAAGAAAGUAAUGGGCCUAUCGAUCAUCUUAUUUAGACUCAAACAUAAAAACAACAUGAGUCCAAAACAACACAAGCUCAAACUGUAUUUGCGCUAAAAUGACUAUUUCUUCGAUUAAACGCGGCAGCGUUUAUUACACAAUGUUCAUUUUUGGUGCAGCGUUUAUUUGAGGGCGGCAUUUAAUUAGUAGGAGAGAAUUAGUGAAUUGUAGCUGCAGUGCGGCCAUAGACAAACAAAGGUGGUGAAACAUUAGCCUGGCCCUAACCAGACCCUCUCAAGGGUCUGGGAUCGCUCCAUUGAAAAGCGUUAACUUCCUUAAGGGUGGGUACUCUGUGGAAGUUUAAAACUAUUGGAUCUGCCUAGAGCCACUCUGAUCUGCCAUAACCAAUCGCUAGCAUUCGCCUUUCCCAAUUCCUUCACCACUACUGUAACAGAGGUAGCUGCCGUAGCUGGAAAAUCAAACUUUUCCCGAACCCUGUGGGGAGGAGGGCCACAACAUCAUGGCCACAAACAAAACUCAGCAAGGAUUGUUCUUGCUCCGGCUUUAAUUUAUGGAUAUUCAGCAGCGUUUCCACAAAGGCCGAAUAGCUUCACUCGCAUCUUUCUCCGCCGCCAUGACUGAACUACAACUCAAACUAGCGCACAACAUCAACGUCAUCGUUCUCAGCCACUCCCUCUGUUCGCUGAUUGGACCUGGAUGCACUGAAAUCCCACACCUACUACAGAAGCAAAAUCCAAAUUGAGCGGAAGUACGUUGGAGGGCAGAGCCAGGCUAGUCAAACACAAAGCCUAGUGUAAAAUUGAAGCCGCGCGUUUAGUCGGGGGUACAACUGCGAACCAUUCACAACACUUUUACAAAGACCCCACUUACAAUGCUUCGUGGUCAAUUAGGUGUGCGUGGGUAGUACUUAAUCUGUCUCAAAUAUGUGUUCUACAUUGUGAAGAAAUCUGAAGCAGCAUGCCAAAACUUUUAAACAGCUAGCUGUGCAGAAAGCACUCACUAGCAGCAACAGAUCUGUAGCACGCGAACUUGGUUUGAUGAAAGGCAAUUAGCGAGUGGCGAAGUCAGCUACCUCGCUUCGAUGAACCAUCUGGUACACUAACAUGUACAUGUAAUGACAAAUUGUCAAAAAUGCAAACAACCAAUGAACAUUUGUAUGUGUGUGAGAUCAGGACAGCUAUGUGUUGGACCCAGUGUUCAAAUUUUGUCAGAGGUCUUGGCAGGCGGAGUAACACUUGUCCACAAGAUCUCCUCCAUGCCAAUUAUGGGACUUCCCCAGCCUCCCUCAAUUCAAACACUGGCUGGAUGUCCAUAGAACAUAUUGGUCAAGGAGUUUAUGUGCGUUCACACGUAACACGUCAACAAUCGUGCAAUACAAACAAAUACGUUGACGAUGUUGACUCAUUUAAACUCAUGUAUUACUGAAUCUAUUUGAUAAAACAUGAUUGCGUAUUCAUAUUUCUUUUUGUAAAAAUAAUUUUAUUGGUUUUGUAAGAAAUUACAAGUAAAGGAAGGAAACAGUUUAGUAGUUACAAUAGGUUCUUUUGUAGAAAAGAAGACUAAAAGAAUGCUCCCAACUACCCACACAUUAUACAGUCAGUUUACAGUUCUUUAAUUGUGGUGCAUGAAAGAUACGUUCUUUCCUUCAUAGUUUUACAGAGCAGGACUGAAAAUUCUAAAAGA